AUGACAAAAUGUGGACUGAUGCAGAUAGCACAGCUGCCUUAUCCGCAGACAAAAAGGUGCUUCUACUCUAUGGCACACGCAAAUGCACCCACUAAUGUACAUGCAGGCAGAGACCCACGGAACACACCCUCGGUAACCUCCCCUCCGGAUAAGCUCGAUGUAGAUGAGGCGGCCGAGAGAAGAAGACUGUGUAAAUCAGGCCCUCAUACGGACUCCGUUGAAACCGGUUUCUUCUGCUCUCUUACCAUCUCCCCUCCCCUGCGUGAGGCACACACACAUACAUGCACGCAUACACAAACAGUCGGGCAGAGAUGUGUGCAAACAUACCAGGAAGCUGGUCACUUCUGA